AGUGAACGCUGGCGCAUUUGGCUGCCGGUACUCCUCAGUCCCGCAUUUGUUUGAUUAUUAUUUUUAGCAUUUUACUUUCACGCUGUGUGUGUUUAUUUUCCCUAAUCUUCUUUGGAGAUGGGUUUCUUAUCUCGCGCUUCCUUGAAUGUCAUCUGCAAAUACUUGCCUAAACAGUAACAUUACCUGUUGAGCGGAUUCCAGGACUACCUGUGUCAGAUUUCCAACGCCCUCGGAAACCUGUUUGCUCUUGACAUCCUAAGAUAAGCCAUCUGCUACUGCUGAAAUCAGGAUAUAGACUGUGUACUGACUGGGGAUUCAUCUUAUCUACCUGUCCGGACUUUAAAACAGGAGUUUACUGAACUGUUGGCCAAACUGAUGGACUAGGCUACUACUAAUGCUGACUACCCUGUAUUACCUUGCGCGAGCCCUCUUAGGUGUGUCCGCCUUACGGUACCUGUUCUUUUGGGUUUUGGAGUAAAAUGUGCUGCCAUCCAAACGAUGUUGGGGUGUCCCUGUUUAUUCCAGCAAGACAAUGCCAAGCCACAUUCUGCACAUGUUACAACAGCAUGACUUUGUAGGUGUGAUCGAGUAAGAACAUCACACCAAGAUGAGGCCAGAAAGCAAAUUGCUGUUAAACAUCAUUGUAUUGGGUCUUGGCUUUAUGUUCUUGUUCACUGCCUUCCAGACCUGUGGAAACAUUGAACAAACUGUCAUUAAGAGUUUUAAUAGCACAGAAUUCCAUGGAAGUGGGUACACAAGCAUGGCUAUUAUCUAUGGCGUAUUCUCUGCAUCAAACCUAAUUGCUCCCUCAGUGGUAGCUGUCAUUGGACCUCAGUUGUCACUGUUUUUCAGUGGACUAAUUUACAGUGGAUACAUUGCUAUGUUUAUUCACCCUUUUACCUGGAGUUUCUACACUGCUUCAGUCUUGGUUGGAAUUGCAGCAGCAGUGCUGUGGACCGCUCAGGGGAAUCUCCUCACCAUCAAUUCCAGUGACUCCUCCAUCGGCCGUAACAGUGGGAUAUUUUGGGCUUUGCUGCAGUUUAGCUUGUUCUUUGGUAAUCUUUACAUUUAUGUUGCCUGGCAUGGGAAGGCUCACAUAUCAGACAAAGACCGUCAGACAGUGUUCAUUUCACUCACCGUCAUCAGUCUGGUUGGAAACUUCCUCUUCUUUCUCAUUCAGCGGACUGAGAUUGAGGUUGUGCCUUCUGAGGGGUCUGAAUCACUGUUGCCUGGAGAGGUUUGUGAAAGCGACUCAGUGGUGGUCACACCCCAGGGUCUAGGUGCUCAGGCUUUGGUGGCAUUCAAGAAAUCCAUUCAGCUGGCCAUGACUAAAGAAAUGCUGCUGCUAAGCAUAUCCAUUGCAUACACAGGGCUGGAAUUGACUUUUUACAGUGGGGUUUAUGGGACAUGCAUAGGAGCCAUGAAUCGCUUUGGUGAUGAUGCCAAAAGUCUCAUUGGCCUCUCUGGAAUUUUCACUGGUGUUGGUGAAAUACUUGGUGGGUCUAUGUUUGGAAUGCUGAACCAGUGCAACCGAUAUGGAAGGAACCCUGUGGUGCUUUUGGGAUUGGUCACCCAUUUUUUGGCCUUCUACCUAAUAUUCCUGAACAUAGCCAGUGAUGCUCCCUUAGCACCAGAGGAAGGCACACAGCUGCUUGGCUUCAUCAUGCCUGGCAAGGAGUUGGCAUUGUUCUGCAGUUUAUUGCUUGGCCUGGGUGACAGCUGUUUCAACACACAACUGCUCAGCAUCCUGGGCUUCAGAUUUCGUGAUGAUAGCGCCCCAGCAUUUGCUAUUUUCAAGUUUGUACAGUCCAUCGCUGCAGCUCUGGCGUUCUUUUACAGUAAUUAUCUCCAGCUACACUGGCAACUGCUCAUUAUGGUACUCUUGGGCUUCACUGGCACCCUCUCUUUCUUCAUGGCUGAAUGGAUGGUGGUCAGCUGCAGACGAAACUCUGAUUAUGACAGCAUCUAACACCUGGAGUCAGAGAGAAUGUGGCAACAGAAGACUUGUUUUUGUGCCCUACUUCAACUUUUUCCUGCAGCUUGCUAGAUCAUCAGCAGUGGUGUGGAAGGAGUAGUUCUGCAGAAUUUUUAUUCCUUUUUUUUUCCCCCCUCACUGAUCUUUAAAAAUAUCUUGAACAGAUUCUUUAAGCUCCUGUAGUACAGUUAUUGUAUUGUUUCUUCUGGGCUUGGAUGCACAUAGUCUUUUUUUCAAUAUACAAAUCCAUUCAAGUCA